CCUCACCGUACCCGAUCUCAAGACCACACCGCCCUGCGUCAGAGUCCUCUUCAGACUGGCUGAACUGCUACUGUUUUGUUGAGUGUAGUAUAAGAGCACUCAGACAUUGCUGAUAAAAGACUUCUAUUAUGUCUUCCUCUAUCGUCGAAGUGGACUGCAGUGCUUCGCUGUUCUGCUUUGGGUACACGGCUGUUUAUAGUUUAAACGCUGACUAACGCUCUCUACCUCCACUUAGUAAUUCAUUGUUUUGUCUCUCGGGCUCCUCCUACAGACAACGGUCCUUUUCUUCAUGCAAUUCUGCCAUAUUUGGCAGUUAAUUCGCUGCUGUUUCAUAGCUGCCGGGGCAAACGGUAAAGUCCGAAGCAGCCAGGGAAAUUGUGUUUUAUGCAGGGUCUGUGGUCUUUCCCUUCCCUUCUUCAACUUCCAUUUAGCUCCGUCGGCCGAGCCACCAGGCUGGAAAUAUCGACGCCCGUCACUCUUCCUGCCUGUCUCUCUGUCUUCUAUCUUCACACAUUCUUCCUUCCUCGAAUCUGUCUUUCUCUGCUUCCAGAUCUCAGAUUUAUAUCACAGAUACCAACCCGUCGGCUUCUGUUUAUUUCAAUCACCGAUCUAUAUACAGAUUUAGGGUCCUCUUCCCUGGGAGAUUAAUUGUUUUGGCAGCUGAUGGCCCUACCGCAGCCGCGCCCAAUAACCCGCACAGGGAAAAAUGUAAACAAUACACUCUCACUUCUU